CACAACAGCACACACACACACACACACACACUCACAUCGUGCAGAUCGUGCAUCUCAGUGAAAACCUCAGUCAAUAAGUGUCAGUGGGUUGCCUCGGCCAUUUUUGACUUGUGGCCCUCGUGUUCCUCUUCAGUGUAAACCUCCAGAAUGACUCGGCUUACUGGACCCACGGUGCUGUUGUUGGUGACUCUGUACGCGUUGUCUUCUCAGGACAAAGUUACCUUAGAGGUCCGUUACCAACAGGAAACCAUCACUCCUGCCAGGGGCUCAUCUGUCAAAUUAUCCUGCAACACAUAUUACGACUCUGAGCAAUGCGGUCUCCUGCAUGCUGUGUGGUGUCACAUUUCUAAUCAAAGCGUUGAGCUGACUGACCCCAGCAAGUACUUCACCACAGUAAAUGAGACGGAUUCUGGGGACGAGAGACACAGACAGAUCGUGACGGAGAUUCUCGACCUGACCCCAGAGGACAACGGCCAAUUCCAGUGCAAGGCUGAAUGCGAUAAGAGUAGAGAGAGAGCAAUGGGACAUUUCAUCUGGAUCAAUGUCAAAGUUUGAUCAUCUGAUCGAGUUGGCUCUGAACACAAAAGGAUUCAAAUCAUCCACAACGUUGAUUGGCCCAGGCUUCGUCUUACAAAAAGCAUAUUGAUAUUAACCUCAUCUUUUCUUCUAUUUUAAGUUAUUGAAAUAAUUGGAACAAAAAGCUUUAUUCCAAAAGGAACUUCUCCUUUUUGUCUUUUCAUGUUUCAUCAUCUCUUGUAGCUGCUUUUGGGGCCUUUUCUGACCAGAUUAAAGAUCCACAAUUAAUAUGA